AUGAAUGGCCUCCAUGAGAAGUCUUACAAUGAGAAACUACAGCAGGAGCUCAGUGGAGCUAAACGACUCUCAGAGUUCCGCCUUCAUAAAAUCAUAGAACUACAGGACGAACUAGUACGUCUGCGUCGUCUUCUUCUUACGAUGCGUGGGGGCAGCGAGGCACUGCAGCGUGCGGGUUCUGCAAAGCCCCGGGAAAACUCUGUUCUGCAGACCACCAAACCUGUUCAGAGGAAUUCAUCUUUGAAGCCAAAUAUAGUACAGAGUCGAACAAACGGUAAAUCAUCAUCAACAUCAUCCUCACCACCAGCAACUAGAGUAGAAAAGACAACACCUACAACUCCUGCUGCGCGAAAGGUGCGGCGACGACAACUAUCAUCACGAUCACCUUCUGUUACCGUUGCACCACCUACGACGGAUACAACUGUAGGUAUUAAUGGUAGUUCUCCUGCUGCUGUAUUUCGAGGGGCUUCACCAAAACCGCACAUGCCAUCUUUGGCCAGAACAGAACGCAGCACAAGCAGUAAUCGUCCUGCUGGUAAUUUCCAACGACCCUCCGUAACACCCAAAAAACUUGCCAGUCGACAGCCUUCUUCGACUGCCUUUUCCAUUUCAUCACAACCACGGGCCACAGCACGACCGCUCAUUAAAUUGCACACAGGUGUACAGUUACGAGGUCCAAAGACUUUUAGAAGAGUACCACCCCCAUCUCUAUCAUUACGAGAAAAUAAGGUCGCUAGUGCAGCAUCUGUUGUUGCCGCUCCUUCUACUAGUAAUGGUGGUUCUGUAGGAAGUGGUAGUAUACCACCUUCACCUUUGUUGCAUUUUUCUUCUUCUGCUACUUUUCGUCGUGAAUACAAUGAUGUACGUGAGGCAGUUGCAAUGUUGCGUGGCAUUGUGCUACGCGCUGACCGUAAUAUGCUUUCAACUCUCACAAACCUCAGCAAUAGACGCUCUAUUGAGCGAGCUCUGCCUACUGCCCUUACAGAAUUUAAACAGUGUCUGUUGCGCGUACACCCAUCGUUGGUCAAUCGACUGCCGGACGGUGAGGCGUGGCGCAUCGGUGAAGAAGAACAAGAUGCGCUUGAAGUAGUGGAGGUACCAGGCAUGACAGCAGCACUGCGAGAGAUUGUUAUAACAUACGAUUACACAGUCUGUGUGUUCCAUCAGGUUCUGCAGCAGAAUGAUGGUACCAUCAAUAUAAAACUCGGGAGAGCAUUUCACGAGUUUUUCGCUAACAUGUACGUGUUACUUGCCCUAGCACAGUGUCCUACAGCACUCCGCUGA